CUUCCUGUCCCCGCGCGUUGCAACACCCUGCCGGCUGCCGCUCAGCCUUCUCCUCCCACCUCUUCUCUCUCUCCGGCUGUAAUUUCUCCGAGUUCUCCGGAUGGGGCUCCAGUCCUGGCGUUGGGUUCGAGAACCCUGAGACCGGGCCGUGGCCUCCACUCGGGUCUACACUCCCCGACCCAAGUGCUCCCCGCGCCUGGCUGCACUUGGGACCUUGCCGGACUCAGCCGUUCAUCCCUGGCCGCCACCACCGCCGCCUCCGUCGCCAGAGCCCCAAUGGGGGAGUGAGAGGCCUGCGCCGGCCGGACAUGGCCCUCCCCGCCGUGCCUGGCCUGCUGCUGCCGCUGGUGCUCCUGGUCCUGUCCAUGGAAAUAUAUCCCUUACGGGUUAUUGGACUGGUUGCCUAUCAUGGGGACCCGGAGGACAGCGACAGUCCGUGCCCCCAGGGGAAAUACAGCCACCGGCGGAAUAAGUCCGUCUGCUGCACCAAGUGUCACAAAGGAACUUAUUUAUACGAUGACUGUCCAGAGCCAGGACGGGAAACGGACUGCAGGGAAUGUGAAAAGGGCACCUAUACCGCUUCGGAAAAUUUCCUCAACCAGUGUCUCAGCUGCUCCAAAUGCCGACCGGAGAUGAAGCAAGUGGAGAUUUCUCCAUGCACAGUGGACCAGGACACCGUAUGUGGCUGCAGGAAGAACCAAUACCGGAGCCCUGUGUCCAGAGACAUGUUCAAGUGCGAGAACUGCAGCCUCUGCCCCAAUGGAACUGUGACCAAGCCCUGCCAGGAGCAUGAGGACACCGUGUGUACCUGCCUCGCAGGCUUCUACCUAAGUAAAAACAUGUGCAUCUCCUGUAGUCAAUGUAAAGACCCUGAGUGCCAGAAGCUGUGCCAGCCACCCGCUGAAACGGUCCAGCACCCUCAGGACCCAGGCACCAAAGUGCUACUACCCCUGGUGAUCAUCUUUGGUCUUUGUGUGCUGUCCCUCCUCUUCAUCCUUUUAAUGUGCCACUACCAGCGGCGGUGGAAGCCCAAAUUCUACUCCAUCGUUUGUGGGAAAGCCACACCUGUCAAAGAGGGGGAGCUGGACAGAGAGAGAAUCACUGAGAAACCCUUCACUUCUGCCCCAGGCACCUGUCCCAUCUCAGGCGCCUAUCUUACUUCAGCCUUCAGCCCCCUUCCCUGCCUCUCUGAGAACUGGCCCAAGCUCAGCGCUGUGUCAGCCUCCAGGGAGGUGGCCUUCACCUACCGGGAGGCGGACCACGACUUCAGCACCGUCCUGACCUCCGCCCCCAUCACCCCGCCGUACAAAGGGGAGGACAGCGCCCCGCUGCAGCCUCAGCCGCAGCCGCAGCGCGCAGACACCGACCCCGCCACGCUGUACGCCGUGGUGGAUGGCGUGCCCCCAGGACGCUGGAAGGAGUUCGUACGGCGCCUGGGGCUUGGCGAGCAUGAGAUAGAGCGGCUGGAGCUGCAGAACGGGCGCUGCCUGCGGGAAGCUCACUACAGCAUGUUGGCGGCCUGGCGGCAGCGCAAACCGCGACACGAAGCCACUCUGGACCUGCUGGAACGUGUGCUCCGCGAAAUGAACCUGGUCGGCUGCCUGGAGGACAUUCAGGAGGCGCUGAAGGCCCCAGCCUAUCAGCCCGCAGCGUCCCACCUUCUCCGGUGAGGCGUAGCCUCACUUCUGCAGGACGUCAGAGGGGUGCAGUGGCCCAGCCUCCCCAUGAGGCC